AAGAAACUGAGGCAGUCAUGUGGAAGCUAGCAAACAGAAGAUCAUAUCGAUUUGAGAGCUCAUCCCUUUCUUUUAAACAGCCUAAGAGCCUCACAGAAGAGUUCAAAGGAAGGGAAAGAGAAAGCUGAAGAAAAAGAAGAUAAAGAGAAACAAUAUCCCAUGGUUUCUAGGGAGCACAAGAGGGCAGCACUGCAUGAGAAGCUGCAACUACUUCGUUCCAUUACUAACUCUCAUGCUCUAAACGAGAACUCAAUCAUAAUAGACGCAUCAAAGUAUAUUCAAGAGCUAAAGCAGAAAGUAGAAAGACUGAAUCAAGAUAUAGCAACUUCAAGAACCUCAAGUGAUCAAAAUCCAUUGCCUGUGGUUUCUGUAACAACCCUAGAGAAGGGCUACCUAAUAAAUGUGUUAUCAGAGAAGAGUUGCCCAGGCCUGCUUGUCUCCAUAUUGGAAGCCUUCGAAGAACUGGGUCUUACUGUUCUUGAAGCUAGGGUUUCUUGUACUGAUAAUUUCCGGUUACAAGCAGUUGGAGGAGAAGAUGAAGAACAAGGCGAAAACAUUAAUGCUCAAGUGGUGAAACAAGCAGUGGUGCAAGCUAUUAAGAACUGGAGUGAGAGUUCUGAAUAAGUGUAAUCAAAUAUCCGCGGUGUUAUAUUUAUCAUUUGCUUCUAUUAUCUUUUUUGUUGUGGGUAGGCAUUGUUGCUAAUCAAGAACCCCUGCUUCAAAAAUUAUGAAGUAGAUUGAAGAUCACAAACAAGUACCAAGAAAACAAAUAACUUUAGGUUUACCAGAAUUUAUUAGGCAUUUGGCACGUGCAUUUCUUGGCUUUUAAUAUAUAUUGCACAACAACAACAAAAUUUCUUGA